AUGGCAAAGGUUUACGUGGAUAGGGCCAAGAAGAUUUUGCAACUGACGAAGAAGACUUCGGCUGUUCGUCGGAGUCGUGCUUCUCCACGGUUGUACAUGAAGGGCACCCUCGCCGGCUAUACAAGGGGACUGCACGGUCAGAACAAAAACACCGCACUGAUUCGUGUUGAGAACGUCAAUACGACGGCGGAUGCCAAGUGGUACGUCGGGAAGCGUGUCUGCUACGUGUAUCAUGGCUACAAGGUGAAGCGCUGCGUACGCUGGUCAAAGGCUCCGGCACGCCGUAGCAACACCCGUGCGCUGUGGGGCCGUGUUACCAGGCCGCACGGAGGGUCUGGUGUGGUGCGCGCCAAGUUCAACACUCCUCUUCCCGCGUCCGCAAUUGGAAGAAGGAUCCGGGUGUACUUGUAUCCAAGCCGCGUUUAA